AUCCGUUGUGGAAGGACCGCAUAAGAUAAGGUCAGAUAAAUAUCCACCCGUCUUCUCUUUCAGUUCAAAAUCUCUCUGGUUUCAUCUCCAAUCAAUCAUGGCCGCCACUCUAUCCACAGCUCUUGACGUCCAUUACACCAUACAACAAAUCCAACACUCAAAACCCUCAAUUCAUCAUCGAAGAUUCAAAAUCCAUUGUUCAUCCUCUUCCAAAACUCCCCCAAAACCUGCCCCCAACUUAUCAGAUUCUCGUCCUCAAAACCCAUCUCUUUCCGACCAAUUAAAGACCAUUUCAACAUCCAUCAUCUCCGACGACCGACAACUAGAAACCCAACUCAAAACUAAGCCAAAAUCGACUUGGGUCAAUCCCACCAGACCUAAACCUUCAGUUCUCACCCUCAAUCGUCAGAAGAAAUCUCAAUAUUCAUAUAACCCACAAAUCAGAAGCCUCAGACAGUUCGCUCUUAAACUCAACGAAUCCGGUUCUAAUCAAGAUACUUUCAUCGCAGCUCUUUCAGAAAUUCCCAAUACUCUCGACAGAGAAAGUACCCUUUUGCUUCUCAAUAACUUAAGGCCAUGGCAAAAGACACUCCUUUUCUUCAAUUGGGUCAAGACCCAGAAUCUAUUCCCAAUGGAAACAAUCUUAUACAACGUUGUGAUGAAAUCUUUGAGAUUCGGUAAGCAAUUUCACAUUAUAGAAGAGCUUGCUUUUGAAAUGAUUAGUAAUGAAAUUGAACUUGAUAACAUUACAUACUCAACUGUUAUCACUUCCGCCAAGAGAUGUGGGGAAUUUGAGAAAGCUUUAGAAUGGUUUGAAAGAAUGUAUAGAACUGGAGUUAUGCCAGAUGAGGUUACAUACUCUGCUGUUCUUGAUGUUUAUGCGAAAAUAGGGAAAGUAGAAGAAGUAAUGAGUUUAUACGAUAGAGGAAGAGCAAGUGGAUGGAAACCGGAUACAAUUGCUUUCUCUGUUUUGGGAAAGAUGUUUGGUGAAGCUGGAGAUUAUGAUGGGAUUAGGUUUGUUCUACAAGAGAUGAAGUCACUUGAAGUUGAACCUAACUUAGUUCUUUACAAUACAUUGUUGGAAGCAUUAGGCAAAGCUGGUAAACCUGGUUUAGCUAGAAGCUUGUUUGAAGAAAUGGUGGAAUUGGGUAUAAACCCUAAUGAGAAAACACUCACCGCACUUGUUAAGAUCUACGGAAAGGCGAGAUGGGGUAGAAACGCGUUGGAAUUGUGGGAAAGAAUGAAAUCGAACGGUUGGCCGAUGGAUUUCUUCCUUUACAAUACGUUGUUAAGUAUGUGCGCUGAUCUCGGGCUCAUUGAAAAUGCCGAGAAUUUGUUUCAAGACAUGAAGAGAUCGAGGAAUUCUAAACCUGAUAGUUGGAGUUACACGGCUAUGCUCAACAUAUAUGGAAGCGGAGGCAAGCCGGAUAAUGCGAUGAAGUUGUUCGACGAAAUGUCGAACUCGGGUAUAGAUAUAAACGUAAUGGGAUGCACUUGUUUGAUACAAUGCUUGGGUAGGGCAAUGAGAAUCGACGAUUUAGUUUUCGUAUUUGAUUUCUCAAUUAAAAAAGGAGUCAUGCCCGACGACAGACUAUCUGGUUGUUUGAUGUCCGUUGUUUCGUUUUGCAACGAAACGACAGACAUUGAGAAGGUACUCGGUUGUCUUCAACAGGCCAACCCGGACCUUCUCGCGUUCAUAAGAACACUCGAGAAUGAAGACAACGUCUCGAAUGAGGAAUUCAAGAAAAUCAUUGGUUCGACAUCGGGCGAAUCGAGGAGACCGUUUGUCAAUUGCUUGAUCGAUAUAUGUAAGAAACGUAACCUAAACAAGAGAGCCCACGAGUUACUCUAUUUGGGAAAUGUGUAUGGAUUGUACCCCGGUUUGCAUACUAAGAUGGCGGAAGAAUGGCGGUUGAAUGUUCGUUCAUUGUCGGUUGGAGCGGCGGUUACAGCGUUUGAGGAAUGGAUGAUUACGGUUAAGAAGAUGGUCGAGAGGGAAGAAGAGUUGCCCGAGGUGUUCUCGGCUAGUACGGGUGCGGGUACUCACAAAUUUUCGCAAGGGUUGGCUAAUUCAUUUGAGAAUCAUGUGAAGAAGCUUGAUGCACCAUUUUGGUUAAGUGAAGAUCAAGCUGGAUUGUUUAUUGCUAGUAGAGAGGAUUUGGUUUUGUGGGUUCAAUCCAAAACUUUAAAUCUUUAGUAGAUACACCAUAGAAGACAUUUAACAAACCUAUCCAAUUUGAAUAUUGUAUCCAU